CGGAUCGUUCACUUAUGAGGCAACACUAGCGUCCAUUCGGCAAUCUUGUGUAUGCUCGGGAAGAACGUCGCCAAUUUUGACGCGUCCGGAUUAAUUUCGCCGCUUCGCUUCUCUUUGGUUCCGUUGGUUCCUCUUCUUUAGAACUGUUGAGGUGAGGCCACUGCCGAGCCUUUUUGUGGCGUGGAAUUGUCCACGCGCCACCACGUUUGUUCAAGUUGGUGAAAGCAAAGCCAGCUAAGGUAGUUAGCCACCUAGCUCCCCCUGCUACUAGCUCUUGGGUAUCUCGCUUCUUAUUGGGGGUCGGGGCAGGGGGCUGGGGGUGAGACUGCUUGUUAACUCUCGCCCGACGCUCCGAGAAGGAUCUCGGGUGGCUGCCUGGCUGAGCUUUGAGGGCCAUUUCGUCGAGGCACCCCGCUGCUUAAACCCCUGCGCAUUUAGCACCGGACGCCCUGCCUAGGCCUCAGUCCAAACCCCGACGUCUCCUGCCUGCCUCUCCCCGCCCCCCUCUCCCUUCUCUAUUUUUGUCUUCUGUGCUUUCUUUUCGGCCUGCCGGACCAGCGAGAGUUGACAGGCCGCCGAGUGCCGCGCACGCACACUUCUCCCCGAGGAGCCAAGAAGCAGACGGCUCAUGACUUCUGACCAGGACACCAAGGUUGUCGCUGAACCGCAGGUGCAGCCGGUGCAAGAGGCCAAGGACAACGCUUAUUUGGAAUCUGCCAAGGUUUCGGACCUCAAUCCCAAUGCAAAAGCAUGGGCCAACCACGUGUUUAGCCUGGAGCCCAGCGGUGGCGCCGACAAGUGCGCCGCGGCUCCGCCACCACGGAAGGACUCCCGCAGGAGCUCGGCCCAGCCCGGCUCACCAGGAGGUUAUGGCGCGGGUGAAGACGACGAGGCUUUCCGGGAGCCCGAUGAGCCCCCGCCGGUGACGCUGACGUCGGGCCGGCCCCCUGCCUCGCCCGUCACCCCGGAGCCGGACGUCCCGGAGCCAAGGCCGCCUGCGCCCGCAGUCGAUGACCCCCAGCCCAGGGAUCCUCAGGAAGCUUUGCGGGAACACCUGAAGACAGCUCUUGAAUUCUGUCUUUCCCGCGAGAACCUGGCCAGUGACAUUUACCUCAUCUCCCAAAUGGACAGCGACCAGUACGUGCCAAUCGUGACGGUGGCCAACCUGGAUCACAUCAAAAAGCUCAGCACAGAUGUCGAGCUCAUCGUGGACAUUUUACGCUCUCUGCCAUUGGUCCAGGUGGAUGAGAAGGGGGAGAAGGUGCGACCCAAUCAGAACCGUUGCAUCGUGAUCCUCCGAGAGGUUCCCGAGAGCACGCCGGUCGACGAGGUGGAGGCCCUUUUUAAAGGAGACUGCCUGCCCAAGUUUGUCAACUGUGAAUUUGCCUACAACGACAACUGGUUCAUCACCUUUGAGUCAGAAGCGGAUGCGCAGCUGGCAUUUCAGUACCUCCGGGAGGAGGUGAGAACCUUCCAAGGGAAGCCCAUCAAGGCGCGAAUAAAGGCCAAGGCCAUCGCUCUCAACACGUUCAUGCCCAAGAAUGGCUACCGGCUCGUGGAGGCCAACCUGUACGCUCAGCAGCAGCCACCGCAACAGCCGCCUCAGCCGCAGCGCUACACGGCGGCGUCCUACUACAUCCCGCCGGUGUACAGCCCCCAGCAGCAGUUCCCCCUCUACAGCCUCAUCGCACCCCAGGCCUGGUCAGCCACUCACGGCUUCAUCGACCCCGCACUGGUUGCCCCAUUCCACAACAACCAGUUCAUCAAUGGGUUCACAUCGGCCAGUUUCAAGCCAGCGACGGCUCUUCUCGGUGUCAGACAGCACUCCCCCCGGGCCAGGAACCACGGCAAGCCCCACCCACGUCCGAGCCUCGCGGGGGCAGAGCGCACGGGGCUCCCGGAAGGCUCAGCUCUCUUUGCCAGCUUCCCUGGCGACAGAACCAACGGCGUCCGCAGCAGCCCUCCCGCGCGCUUCCCUGCCGGCUAUCCUCGAAGCUCCGUCGCCGUCUUUCCCCGCCGGGAGACGGGCCGCACAUCCGACUUCACCGCCGCGGUGGACUAUGGUUCCCCGGGAAUGGGCCGAGGAAGGAAAAAGAGAGAUGACAAGUUUACACGAGCGACGCCGCAGUCGCCACAGUCGCCGCCGCCCAAACCGCCGUCGCCGAGCUUCGAGUUGGGCUUGUCCAGUUUCCCUCCUUUGCCCGGAGCCGCCGGGCACCUCAAGGCGGAGGGCACCUUUGACGGCCGACUGGCACCCGCCAAGGACAGAAAUGUCAGUGUCGACUCCAGUCCCGGAGGAGCCCCAAAAGAGCCUCCGAAGUCGAUGCCCCCUUCCUCCUCCUCUCCCUCCUCCCCCCUAGUGGCCGUGAGCUUCGUAGCUUCGCCCACUCCGGCUGCCUCCAUCGCGGGCCCCACCCGGUCACCCCCGGUGUGCCCGCCACCUCCUCCCUCCAUCCCAGCAACGGAAGCGAGGUUGUCGGAGGUGAAGCGGGCCAAGGAGGGGCAGCUGUCCGUGGAGCGGGUUCCCGGCACGCUGUCCACCACCAACAAGUCGGUGCAAGUCAACGGCGCCGCAACGGAGCAGCGGAAGCCUUCCUACGCCGAAAUCUGCCAGCGAGCGAAGGAGACCCCCACCCCAUCACAGCCGCUCGCCCCCAAGGAAGCCAAGCCCACAGGCGAGGAGAGGAAGUGCCCCGACGGCCCGAGCCUGACGCGGGAGGCCGCCAAGGCCAGAGAGACGGGAAGACCCCCGCGGGACACGCGCAGACUGGCUGGCCACUGGGCCUCCCCGCCGCACUCGGGCAAGAAGGAUUCCCACCAAACCCCGCCCAAGUCCCCCCUGUAGGGCCUCCCCUUCCGCCCAAGUCCACUGAUUGCCCCCACCCCCACCCCCCAAAAAAAGACAGGAACCACGUCAGGGCUACGCCAUUGUUCUUCUCUCCAAACGUUGAAGGCGAGCAAAGAAGAUGACGCCUCCUUCUCCGGAUCAGGGCUUUCAGACAAAAAGCACUUUAGUGUGCACGUAAAGCACCCCCACAUUUGUUUGGGUUCAGCUCCUUUUUAGUCAUCAAUUUUAGUUGUCUGUCCAUUUUGUUUUUGUGGCACAUUGGAACGGCGACCCGAUUGGAAACUUGUCACUGAAGUUUGUUUUGUCCGGGUUGCGACCAAAAUAGAUUGCUCUUCUUUUGCACUCAUGGUUUUGCCUCGCUCACAAUGAAAUGCAAACAAAAUUUGGUUCAAAUGUGAAAUGCCCCAAAAUAUGAAUUUUGUUGAACCAUAGUUGAAGUUCCCUGUGGAGAGCCAACCUCCCAAUUGUAGAUUUCUGAGAGCGCUGAGCAAAUUUAAAAAUACCCCCCCCCCCCUCCCCGCCCCCAUUUUGCACAAGCAACUCUAAUGGCGGCGCCAUUUUGGGGGAGGGGGGGGGGUCAUGCGGAUAGGCCUUCUUUUGCCCAUACUGUCACUGGCAGACGCCCGACGCUCAUCGGCAUUCACCCACAGUAAUGUGGGGCCAUCAUUAGCCCCAUGCGAGCUCACGGAAGCACGGGGUACAGAGUCUCCAUGUUUUGUUUGUGAAAGUGAACACUGGCCAGCAUUUUGUUCGCUUGACUUGCCCUUUUUGAUUGAUGGGCCAGGAUGGCAGAAUGCAAGUGUUUGGCUAGGAGUAAAUGAAGAAAAGAGGAGGAGCAACUAAGCUGGUGACACAGGUUUCUUGUGUUUUGCAGCGGAAGGACAAAAGAGGCGCCGACACAGCAUGUCCCCCUAGCAACACGUUUGCUUCAAGUGUAAAUAAUUAGCAGGUCCAAACUUCACAAAUGAAUCUUUCUUUCCCCCUGAAGCAUUUUUGUUACUCCCAGCAAUCAAAGGGAAACAGCGGAACUUUUCUCUUAUUUAUUUUGACUUUUAUUUUUUGGGACUGAAAUGCACACUGAUUUUUUUUUUUUGGUCUCUCUUUGCAGUUGCUGAGCGAAGACGCUCAUUUCUAGAGCUGUGCCAUUUAUUCCCUGUUUUCUUCUCGUAUUAUUUUUUUGCGAGAGGAAAAGCAUCAGCAGGCAGGCGUCGUCUCCACGCAAAAGAUUUCCAUCCAGUGUUUGAGAAACUUGAAUUUUAUUUGAACUUGAAAAGUGACUUUGCCUUAACUUUUAUACCGAACGAGCAUAGAGGGUAGUGUUUGCGCCCCCCCCCCUGCACUACUAAAGAGAUAAUAUUUAGUGACCUAAGGCAGCGUGCAAAUAAGUAUCAGCGUCUUUUGUUUUCUGUUUUUUCUUUUUGUAUCAUGUACAAAAAGAAAAAAAGUUUGGAUUCAGGUUCUUUUUGGCAGGCAAAAGUAAAAAAUGGUGUAAAUGCAAACCCGAGUCGAUACUGUAUUAAAUAUUAUGCACUUUGAGGUGUGUGCUUUGCUUGUACAAUUGUAAAUACUCAGAUUAUAAAAAAUAUAAGGUACCUACAAAACUAAAUUCUAUUAAUGUCACUAAUGAGCUGGAUGUUGGAUUCAAAUGACAAAAAAAAGACUUAACGUCUUUUGUUGUGCUUUUUGGAACUUUUUCUUUGAUAAUUCAAUUUGUUUUGAGUGUGGACUUUGACAAACAUUUUUGUUUGCUUUAGUUUCAUUCCAUUGACACGUGGGCGUUUUUUUGUUGUUUACAUGCCACUAAAAAAAAAAAAAUUAACAAAGAGACACUCAUCAACACAAAAAAAUGUAAACUUCCUCACUUAUAUUGUUUGUUGUUUUUGAGAAACUUGAGGGUGAGAGAUUCCUACCAAACUCUUCUGGCUGUGUUUAGCGUGGCCUAUCUUAGAGACCAGCUAGUUGGAUGCCCAUUUACCAACACUGACUAACAAUUUAUUUUGACGAGCGAUCUCACUUGUAAGCUGGGCUAAGCUACACAUAUCCACAAAACCAUUUGAGUUCUGUAAUGUUAUGUUUGCCUACUGUAAUUGUCAUCCUGUCUUUUAUUUUCUUUUGUUGUGUGUUUUGCUGACGUUGUGAGGUGUAACGCACAUUUGAAGCACAGGCUAACUGGUGCAAAUUUUGCAUUAGCCACCCGCUUGUUAGCUCACAAUAAGGUUUGGCUCCUGGGAUAUUGAUCCUGCCUCAAUGUUGCUCCAUGCAGGAACAUCAACACUUUUUUUUUUUUGGUCAGUUUAAACCUUUACAUGUGUCACAAAGAAGAAAAACGCUUUGACCACAAGACAGUGCGAGUGUGUGCCUAGCGUGUAGCUGGUGCGUGACUCGGGUGUAAGGGCCUUCAGUUUGGUGGUUUCCCAUCGUCGUGACUUCGGACUCUCAACUGUGAACACUUAGGCAUCCUUCCACAAAGAUGGCUACCAUCAUCUCGAUUGAUAACCCCACCCCCUUCACUGCGUCAAUCUCCCCCUGAUGGUCCACAACUGAGGAAAAAUAGCUGAAUUAGUUUGUUUCUGAGGAAUGCACAAGACUCGAGUUCUAUUGACUACGCUAACAGCUGUGGACAAUCGUGGACUCUGCGUAAAGGCUUGCAUGCCUAGAGACCCAUUUAACCAUUUUUAUUCUUUCCUCUGUUUUUGUUGCCAUUUGAUCUGAGUUUGUUUAUUUUUUUGCAGAUUUUUUUUCGUUCAUUGUGAGACUGGAAUCAAGUGCUUGGUUGGUUUUGAGAUAAUUUAAGUUACUCUUGUGACAGGAUGUUCAACUUGUCUUGUUUGGAAAAUAAAUGUAGCUUACUGGAAAAAUAAACAUUUAGGCACUGUU